GUGUGAAUGGCAUUACUGCUAAGAAGCAGAAAGUCAACACGUGCCGCUUGUCUGUAGUUCUAAAAAAAUAACUUCAUAUUAAUUGAAAGAUCAUGGGUAAAAUCAAAAGAAAACCACAACCAAAGCCCGUGGAACAGGAUUCAGAUAGUGACUCCAGCUUUGAAGAAGAGGAACUCGAGGAAGACCAAUCUCAAGGGCCAGUCACUGAUAGCAGCGAUGACAGCGACAUAGAAAUGGACCAAAAGUCAGCGAAAAAGAAGGAACAGAAGGAAAAUGAGAAGAACGAGGACGAGGCAGGCUCUGGCGAUGAUGACGGUGAUGAUGAUAAUAAUGAGGAUGAUGACGACGAUGACGAUGAUGAUGAUGAUGAUGAUGAGGACGGCGACGGUGAUGAUAAAAAGAAAGCACGCCUCCCAGUGCUGAAUCCUCUUAGCUUAAUGAAAAACAAAGAGCAGCGCAUGGCGCUCUUUCGUAAGAUGAAGAAGGAAAAACAUAAGAAAAAGAUGCAGGAGCGACGAGCUCGUCGUAAGGCAGGAGUGCCAGCCAAUCCGGGUCACACCAUUGAAAGUCUGCGUGAGAAGGAUCAAACUGAGGUGAGCAAUCUAAACGAUUCGGACCAUGAGGAGCUGCGUAAAGAGCUGGAGCUAGACGAUUUUAGUACGUAUUUCGAGCGCAUCUAUGAGCCCAAGGUGUUAAUCACAUUUGCCGACAAUCCGGUAACAAAGACGCGUAAAUUCGGCCUCGAAUUGUCGCGUAUAUUUCCGAAUGCUCUGGUGAAGAUACGCAACAAGGCUUCGGUGAAGAAGAUCUGCAAGAGCGCCGAGCGAGAACAGUUCACGGAUGUUGUUAUCGUCAACGAAGAUAGACGCAAACCUAAUGGAUUGCUGGUCAUUCACCUGCCCAACGGGCCGACUGCGCAUUUCAAGCUAUCGAACGUGAAGUUGACUUCCGAUAUCAAGCGGAAUCACAAGGAAAUCACAAAGCAUCGACCAGAGGUAAUAUUGAACAACUUUACGACUCGCUUGGGUCUAACGGUGGGUCGUAUGCUGGGCGCGCUCUUUCACCACGAUCCCGAGUUUCGGGGCAGACGUGCUGUCACAUUUCACAAUCAGCGCGAUUAUAUAUUCUUUCGUCAUCAUCGCUACGAGUUCUCCAAGGAGGGCAAGAGGGUGAAGCUGCGGGAAUUGGGGCCACGCUUUACACUCAAGCUGCGCUCCCUGCAGGAAGGUACAUUCGACAGCAAAACGGGCGACUACACCUGGAUCAUCAGCAACAAGCGUCAUGCCAUGGAGUCCAGACGUCGCUUCUUCCUUUAAUUUAGAAAUAAAUUUCUUUUCAUUUCUUUUAAAUAUUUGAAUAUUAUGUAUUUCGUAGAGAACAUAAAUACAAUUUAAGGCAAAACAAUAUGUGUAAAACCAUAAACAAAAGAUAUAAUAACCAUCA